AUGGUUGUGAUUUCCCUGGAACGCUACUUUGCAAUUGUUUGGUGCGUUGUACCUGGAAUGCGACUUUCUCGUCGACGAGCCUGGAUUAGCAUUGUGUUAAUAUGGAUCUGGGCCGCAAUUUGGCCAUCUCCACCUUUGUUCGGUAUCGGCAAUGUGGCUCGUGACAACGAGUCGGCCACAAACAUGCGCUUACCUUGUUUGUAA